CGCUUGUCAUUGGACUCUAAAAAUGAAGAAGACGAUGCACUAACUACCAAAACUUCUGUGACUACUGACCCCGAUGGUAAGACUACCACUACCGUAACAACUACAAAAACUAUUACAGAAAAUGUAGUCACUACCAAGUCUUAUGUUGGAGAAAAUCCUCCGUCACAUCCUACAAAGCACACUGAAGAAGAAAAUACCAAAUCUAAAAUUGCUCCUGUAAGGCAUGCCGAAGAAGAAACUACCAAAGCUAAGCUUCCUCCUCCUGUUAAGAAGCCCGAAGAAGAAACUGUUAAAACUAAACUUCCUCCAGGCAAGCCCGAAGAAAAAACAAAAGAAGCAAAACAUCCUUCUCCUCCCGUCAAGAAGCACGAAGGGCCGGAUGUCGACGAAGAAACCCAUCACGGUACUAGGCAUGAUCCGGCAAGUAAAUGCGCGGCUCUUGUGGUAGGCGGCGAGUUCAAAGAACAUCUUGACCUUAUCGGUCAUGACUUUUCAAAGGUUGACGCCUACUCACGUGCUACGCCUGAAUCCGAAACUGGUUCUGUAGAACGUUUGUCAAAGUAUCUUACUUCACGAUGGAACGAUCCUUUAGAUAAAUUACGUUCAAUUUUUGUUUGGAUCGCGGAGAAUAUCUUAUAUGAUACCGAGGCACUCUUUUCUGGAAACUUAAAACAUUGUACUGCCGAAGAGACUUUGAGAAAACGUAAAUCUGUUUGUGAUGGAUACUCUGAAUUGUUCUCUAAAUUAGCUGAGCUUGCUGGAUUGAAUGUCUGGAUUAUUCGAGGAAAAGCCAAAGGAAUGUCAUAUAAACACGGCGCUAAUCUCGAUAGUAAGGAAUUUAACCACGCAUGGAAUGGAACUGUAUACAAAGGAGAAUUCCUUCUUAUCGACAAUACUUGGGGUGCCGGCAACGUAAAUGGCUCGAAAUUUGAAAAACGCUUUGAACCAUUUUAUUUCCUUGUACGUCCAACCCGAUUCAUCUACACUCAUUUUCCUAAUGAUCCAAAAGAACAAUAUGUGUCUCCUCAACUUACUAAAGAAGAAUUCAUUAAUUUGACCAAUGUUAAACCGCCAUUCUUUGCUGCUGAAUUGGAAUUUCGUGAACAUCUUGGAAAUAUUAUCACUACCAAUGAUGACUUGAUUGAUUUUGAAAUUGCAAGAUUCCAUCCUGAUGAAGGGCAACCGUUACAUGCCGUACUUGAAUGGAAUGGUAAAGAGGUUGAAGUUUUGAUUCAGAGGGUGGUUGGAUAUGAUCCAAGUUCAGGAAAAAUAUUUAGACUACAAGCUUCAUGUCCAAGCCGUGGUGAAGGAAAACUUGAAAUAUUUGUGAUGUUUGAAGGUAACAAGGGUCCAUUAGCUGCAUCUUUCAAAGUCAUAAACAAAGGAAGCGGCAAAAAUCAUAGUCCAUUUGUCAAGACCUACAGGGUUCCAUUCAAAUUUACUCUCAAUAAGCCAAUACACUUAAACUUAAAAUUCAAUAAAGAAUAUAAAUUUGAAUUUUCUGUGUUUGAUUUGAAAGAGGAAAAGCAUCCUGAAUUCUAUUUGUUUCCUCCGGGGAAAGAUAUCCGAAAACUUCAUAAAGUAUCAAGAUGUGAAGAUGGAAGUUUUACUUAUGAACUUGAAACUAAGGUUGAUCAAAAUGGAGAUUGGAAAUUGGUAUUUUCUUCGAAUGGAAAGAAUUUUGACUUUAUUGCGAUGUACCAUGUUGAUUAA